AUGGAAACGUCCAGCAUAGACAACUCAGGGUUCAACAGAAAAAAUAAAAAGGCAAGAACUUCAGCUACUGAAGAAGAAGAAAAUUUAGCCGAAAUUUGGGGAACAAGCUAUAAAGAUACAGAAAAUAAGGAGUUGCUCCAAACAGUAGGCCAGAACUCAGACAGUAAAGAAACGAAGAAUACAAAAGUAGCAGCAACUACGAAAGAAGUCAACAACGCCAAAAGUAGUCCAGAACUAGAUAACCAAACUGUUAUCUUGAAUAGCAACUCCUAUAUUAACUGGGCAAAUGAUGCUGAGAAAGAACUGCAAAGCAGUGUCACUAAGGAAAUUACUCUCUUAGAGCAUAAGAACCCAUGGGUAGACUCAGAAGAAACAACAAACACGUCACGUCUUGAAAACAACAACAAUAUCAAAAAACACGUGUCAAGCGAAAAUAACUACAAUUACACACGUGAUGAUAACCAAGCCACCAACUCAGGGUCUGGAGCUACGGACCCGGAAUCACAGCCACAUGAUCAAGCAGUUGAAGCCAAGAACAAAUCUUCUAAUUCGGGAAAACAGGAACUCAAGGAAGCCAGAGCCCAACUAAGACAAUCGACUGCCCAAAAACUAUCUUCCAUAGAUCUAAAAAUCAGCGAAAACAACCCUUACACUAAGCCAGGUACCAAGGAGAUGGAAAUAGAGACAAACUCUAUCUCUAGCGGUAGUUCCACUCCAGUGCCAGAAACUCCUAAUAAAACUAGUAAUGAUACAGAAACCCCGGUAACGGAAAUGAUUACUGAAUCUACAGUAAAAAACACAACAGAUAUACCAAACGAAACUACUUCUAAAGCUAUUUCUCCAAACAAUAAUAGCACAACAGAAUCAGAGGAUCAAGACCCUAAAGACCCUCCAUUUACCACAGUAGUCUCAAAAAAACAAAAACUCAAGAAUAAGAAAAAAGGUCUUGGUGAUAACUAUCACCCAUAUAGAGGAUCAGAAG